GAAACGGCCCAGAAAAUAAACAACAGUGAUUCAUCCUACAUAGACGAUCUUUGAUUGAACCCGUCAUGAACACAUCAGCUCCUGAUUGACACUCCGCCUGUCAAAAACACCAAAAAUAAACUUAUGUCAUGAUGUGUGAAAACGACACCUGUGUCCCGACUGAAAUGUUCUCUGCUGUCAGAUUUAAAGCUCUGGACUAUGUCUUUGAGACCACCACCAGUAUGAAAGUAAUGAUGAACCUGUUGGCACUACCAGCACCUUACCUUACUGGUACCAGUGACCUGUAUCCUCACAGUGGGAACCUGCCUGAGGUCACCUACAGGACACCGUGGAUCAGAGGAAAGAUAAUCUCCACCUGCAGACUCUUCGUCAGCGGUUCUGUGCUUGACGACCUGGGAGGAAAAAAACAAGUUAAUUCACCAGAGAGAUUUAAUAUCAGUCUGAGUCAUGUGAGAGAGGACGUGGAGAUGAUUCCCAGCUCUUAUCCCAACUCACCGGAGUAUAUCGACCAGGACGAGUAUGUUUGUCUUUUAAAAGACUCAAAGGUCAAUGAUCCGUGUCAGGAAUCCUUUUUCAAGUUAACAGCUGACCAGAUGUGUCAUGGAAAUAAAAACAAAGAUCUCGUCCUCCCGGAAGAGAUGAUGGUUGUUGAUUUCCUGCCGCAGUUUAAGAGACAUUUGCCCGCGUUGAAAACCAAACUGUCCAGACUGAGGACGCUUCCUGUGGCCGACCCUCUGCUGAGCUUGACGGGUGACGUCAUCUCCGAGGAAACGAUAUUCGGGAACUGUGCAUCUUAUGAAAAGCCUCCUGAUGUUUUCACCAGUGACGUUCGAAUGUGUGAAAACAUUCAUGAGGAGUUUGUUAAAGAGUCAUUGAUGAAGGAAGAGUCUCUACUGUUGCCUGAUGUUCUGGACGCUCUCAGACUGACCACAGAAAAUUGCACCACUUUUUCAAGCAUCUGUAGUCGCAUGAAUGUUGCUCCUGAACAGCUGGACGAGCAACUUCCUGUCCUGGAUGUGCUUCAGAAAGUUUCCUCUUCAGAUGUAUCAGUAUCAGUGGACAUUUCCCAGUAUGUUUUACCAGAGGAGCCCAGCAGAGGAUGCAAGAUGAACGGAGGCCUGAUAGACACAGAUGUGGCAGGACGUUUGGUGCUUCCAUCUGAACUGGAGCUGGACGUAACUCUGACACAGACUCCCAAGACCAUCGAGACUCACGUCAGUCUGUCUACUGAUGAUCUACUGAGGGAAGAGUCGUCUCCGCUCCACAGACUAUGUUUGGUGUCAGCGAGAACUCAAACGGAGAUGGAGACGGCACUUUGGAAGGCAGAGAAGCACCCGACCUUCGUGCUCGGCUUUCUGUUGGCAGAACCUCAAACAUACGAACCAGCUGUUGACUUCCAUCCUCUGUCUGAAGCCUUGAAGUUAUUAGAAAAACAAAACUUUGUCAGUGUCGGUGACAAACUGCAGCGGCUGAUGGAGGCAGACGUCCCGCAGGUGUACACGAGCAGCUCCUGUGAGUUCACAGAGAGCCUGAACUCUGAGUUUCCAUCUACUGAGGAGGAGGAGGAGGAGAAAGUGGAAGAUUUCACAAAACUGUCACCUAAACAUGUGGAGUUCGCUGUCAGAUCGAUCCUGAUGAGUCCUACAAACCAAUCUCACCUGAAUUUUCCUCAUCUGAAGAAAUCUGAAGCUGCAGCGGCCUUUCUCCAAAAAGAAACCUUCCCGACACAAACUGUCAACACAAACAAUAAGGAAGUGAAACCUGCAACUACCAUGAAGACCGAAUGUGGCAUUACAGACGAGAUGUUUUCAGAAGUCAUAACCGUCUCUUCAGCUCAUAAGAACGACAUCAGUCACACAGGUAGAGACGUCUGUGAGAGCCAAUUAGAGCAGAGCGGCGUCCCCUCCAGACCGAACAUCAGAGACAAUCACGGAGGUGUCCCAGUCUCCAGACGUCCACCAGAGAAGGACCUGGACCCUCUGUCCACCUUCAUGAUGCUGAGAUCCCAGCAGAUAGCAGCAGCUACUGUGACACCUCAGAGCUGCGUCAACAGUCCAGCACCACAGAUGGACGAACAAACUCCAAAGAUUCAAAGACCAGACGGGAGGCAAGAUUACGUGAGUGCUGCUGUCUCAGGAAACGCCACCAGAGAGCAGACAGCAGCUGGUCAGCCGGCAGGUCGAGUCACCGGUCAGGUCGUCAGUCAGUCCGUCCCUCAGGACAGACGGGACAGCAGAGUCGUGCAGGUCCAGGCUACUGACAGUCAGCAUCGCGCCUACUGUGAGCUGCUGGCCUUCGCUCGGCCCCGUCUGUCCUCCGCCAAACAGCUGGGGCUCAACCUCCCAGCGUGGGGAGACUUCAGCUGCUUGGCCCCGGACCAAACACACUUUAUGCUCAAACAGCAGGAGAGGGCGCUCUGCAGGACGCACACGCAGAGCGCAGAGCUGGUCAGAGAUCAGGAACCGCUUUUCAACCAGGUGGCUCUGAUCCAUGUGCUGGUGACAUUCAAGGACCUGCUGCUGAAGUGUGACCUCGGCACUGCUGUGGAGUGCCUGACGAAGGCAGCCGAGGCGUUUGAGGAGCAGAGUCUGGAGCAGCUGGUGAAGAGGCUGCAGAUCAUCCUCUACCUCAGUCACAAGAACCAGGAGUCGUCUUUCAAACUGCAGGAGCUGCAUCAGCUGCUGGUCGCAUGGCUGCACAGCAGAAAAGAACAAAACAACACAGACAAAAUUCUCGUCAUAAUAUCGGUUGACUCUGACAACUCCAGAUCCAUAAUCAUUAAAGACUUGAACCAACUGACCGCUGUAACUGCCGUUUGUCCCGAGGAGGAUGAGACCAAACUGAAUGGUGCCAUUGUGGUCAGCAGCGUGUGCGACAGUGUGUGCGCGGUGGUGUAUGAGAAGCAUAUAGGACCGGACUUCCCCUGGAACUGUUUCUCCCUGGUGGUGGACUACGACCAUCCAGGACAAUCUCCAUGGGCCACAAUCUGCAGAGAGAGGAGCAUCAGUCACCUCGCCUUCAACACCAUCCUCCCUGACGAGGAGAAGGCGAAAUCCUCUUGGUGCCUGGAGGACAACGUGCCCUACGUGUUGUUUGUGACUGAAGGGCUUCUCGACUGUCCGCUGCUGCUGCAGACGCUGGAGUCCGUGUUUAAUAUAACCAUGCUGGAGAGGAGUCACUGUCCGUCCCUGCAGAUGCUCGGAGGGACUCGUCACUACGCUGUGAUCACGGUAGAUGAAAGCACCGCUAUCGUCGUUCAGGAGCAGGAUGAACUGUGUGAGGAGCGGGCGAGUGAGGGAGUGGUGAUGAGGCUGACUGCUCUCUCUCUGCAGUACAGCUGCUGCUGGAUCAUCCUGCACUGUCCCGACAGCCAGGGGGGAGGAUUUUCCGGCGAAGCUUUCAGGAACUUGGUGUUGGUUUAUUCGUCUCUGGUGCUGUUCGGUAUGAAGUCAGAGAAUCUAGAUGUCAAGGUGCUGAUAGUGUCGGAGGUUUUGGAAAUCGCCAAAUGGAUCAGUCAGAUCUGCUUCCUCAGCCUGAUGUCCAGUGACAAGGAUCCUCUCAGUUACCUGGACAGAGACUGGCUGGUUGUCAUGCCCUCACAGGAGGAACAGUGUCUGUUGCAGUUCCCGUGCAUCAACCCUCUGGUUUGUCAGCUAAUGCUGAACAGAGCAGCAUCCUUCCAGUGGCUCCUGGGGGCCUCUCUGUCUCAGCUGAAGGAGCUGCUCCCUGAGGUGCCACAUAAAGUCCUAAAGCUGUUCAGUGAAACCACCUCCCUGUACACGCUGACUGCACACCCCAACCAGCCAGACUCUCAGGAUGUGAUCACCGAGACAAACCAUCAAACCAGUCCUCCCAACAUCCCAUGGACCACAAAAGCUGAUCCCCAUCCACAACACCCCAUCGACCCCGAUCCAGAACCAUUCUCUAGCUUUCUGUUAGACCCAGACUUGACAGAGCAGGAUGGCGACACAGAUUUCAGAGUUGAUCUGGGUUGUUCCUUUGGCAGCCCAGACUUCCAGAAGAGCUGGACCAGCAGCGAUCCGUGGAAGGACGACAGCAGAAGCAGGGACGAGGUGACGUUUUCUGGCUGGAGAGGCAGAGCUGGAGCAGCGGGGAGGGUUGUUGAGAGACUAAACGAUGAGUGGACACACGGGGCUCCGACAAACCUCAACGACCUACAAACUACUUACAAACCUCAACGACCUACAAACUACCUACAAACCGCCCCUGACAGUCCUCUCAAACCGGACUCCGCGUUCAGUUACAGCCGCGUCCUGCAGCAGCCAGCCAACUCUCAGUUAUCCCCCUUCUCUGUAGCCUACAGUGACCUCAGGCUUCCUGCAGAGGUCACGCUGAGGGGUCAAAGUCAAAGUAGCAAUGACUGCCUCUCUAGUCUCGGAGGGACGGCGAGAAUCUCAGCGAACUACGGCUCCAAAUGCUGGAUUGGACAUGAGAGGAAGAGGAGCGGAGAGGCUGCUGGAUUGGUUGGCACAGCGCUGACACCACUGAAGAAGGGGAGGUUAAGCUACGAGAGGGUUCCUGGCCGAAGCGACGGACAGACGAGGCUGAAAUUAUUUUAAGACUGUUUUUUUGUUCCUGUGGCCUGUUUGUAAAGACGAGACUGUGAUAUUCCCCUUAAGUUGACUUAAAUUCAAGUUAUUGAUUACAGAAUUCAUGUUUCACUUCUGAGUUUUUCUUCAGAAGAUGUUUUACUUUUUACAAAAAGUUUUAAUACCAAAUUAACUUGUAAAUGUCAGACACUGUUGUAUUUUUAACGAGCAGGUGUCUUUUGUCGAGUCAUGUUUUUGUCUUGGUGAGAAAAGAAUAUAAAUUGCAGUAAAAUGCAGUAUUUUCUAACAAAACAAGUAGCAUUACUUAUUUCUGUCUGCUGCUCAAUUAUAAAAUACUAAUAUUUUAGUUUUUUAUAUUAUAUUGGUGCUACAUUAGAGUGUUUAUUCAUAUUAAGCUUUAUUCAGUUGCUGUAUUUUACAACACAAAAGAAAUGCAUCUAAGUUUGUGAUUUGUUGUAUUAAAUCACUACUUACUUACUAAACUGAUAUUUUUUUUAAUCCAAACUGUCUUGCACUCUUUUUAAAAUUGUAUUUCAUUAAGUGUCCUAAUAAUAACUAAAAAAAAACAUAAUAAACUGCAUCUGAAUUGUGCACAUAUUGCUUUUC